UGACGCCCCGCAAGUCAAGUCGAGCAUGGCAGCGGCAACAAGAUUGGCUUCGUCCUGCCCUUCAACAAGGUUUAUUUUUCGCACACUGCCUCGUAUCUGUCUACAUGAGAGAAAUGCGUCUAGUGCGAAGCGUAUCAAGGUCGACAAUCCGGUUGUCGAUCUCGACGGAGACGAAAUGACGAGGAUAAUCUGGGGAAGAAUCAAAGAGACGCUCAUAUUUCCUUUUGUGAACGUUGAGACGAAGUACUUUGAUCUUGGACUGCAAUACCGCGAUGCCACCGACGAUCAAGUGACGGUAGAUGCAGCCGAGGCCAUCAAGAAAUACAACGUGGGCAUAAAGUGUGCGACAAUCACUCCUGAUGAGGCACGAGUGAAAGAAUUCAAACUGAAGCAAAUGUGGAAGAGUCCAAAUGGUACGAUUCGUAAUAUUCUCGGAGGCACUGUGUUUCGUGAGCCGAUCGUGUGUCAGACAAUUCCGCGGAUCGUUGGCGGAUGGACGAAACCGAUAGCCAUUGGACGUCAUGCCAUGGGUGACCAGUACAAAGCGACUGACGUUGUAUUUGAUCGACCUGGCAAGUUUGAGAUGUCGUUCACCCCAUCAGACGGCUCAAAGAAACAGUCAUGGCUUGUACAUAAGUUUGAAGGCGGAGGAGGAGUUGGAAUGGGAAUGUUUAAUACGGAUGUGUCAAUCACUGGAUUUGCCCACAGCUGCUUUCAGUAUGCACUCACAAAGAAGUGGCCUCUCAUUGUGAGCACAAAGAACACGAUUCUAAAGAAAUAUGACGGACGAUUCAAAGACACAUUCGAGAGCAUCUAUGAUUCAGACUACAAGAAGGAAUUUGAAGCAAACGACAUCUGGUUUGAGCACAGGCUGAUUGAUGAUAUGGUCGCUCAAGUGCUGAAAUCAGAAGGCGGAUUUGUGUGGGCAACUAAGAACUACGAUGGAGACGUACAAUCAGACAUGUUGGCUCAAGGAUAUGGCUCACUAGGCAUGAUGACUAGCAUUCUCAUUUGUCCAGACGGCAAGACGGUGGAAGCUGAGGCCGCCCACGGGACAGUGACACGACACUACAGAGAACAUCAAAAAGGUAACGAGACCAGUACGAAUCCUGUUGCCAGCAUCUUUGCCUGGACGGGAGGACUUGCCCACAGAGCCAAACUGGAUGGAAAUACGGAUCUAGCGAGGUUUGCUGAGACUCUAGAACGUGUGUGUGUUGAGACCAUCGAUGGUGGUCAGAUGACCAAAGACCUGGCACUUUGUAUCAAAGGGUCUUUGUCAAAGGUGGAUCGAUCAGAUUACCUUAUAACUGGUGACUUCCUGCAAGCAAUCAAAGAGAACCUGGCGAGAGCACUUGCAAUGUAAUAUUUUUGUAGCCGUUGACGUAAAGGAGAGUGUAAUGCAUUUUGUGCUGUUCUAAGGAAUGAUUAUUUUAGCUAUUGUUUUAGUAAAUUGUUUGCUCUGCGUCAAUGUCAAGUUUUCAUGUUAGAA